AUGUUGCAGAUAUGCAACAAGGCCGUAUAAAGGGUUAAAUAUUCAAUAAAAUAUGCCAUCCUUUGAAAAAUUAAGCGAAAAAAAAUAUUAAUAUAAGUGGUGGAACUCUGGUUUAAAUGAAUGUUCGAGAAUAGUAAGCGAUAACGAGUGUACCUUUCAGAUGAUCUAUCGAUUUUUCAAUAAAACAUCUUCAGCGAAAAUGGCAAACGAUGAAAUCCCAACUAAAAAUUGUCAAGUUAACGCGAAUGUAAACAGCGCAGAUAUUUCUGAAGAACAACGGCGUAUCUGGGUUGGUAAUCUUGAUUCACGCAUUACCGAGUUUCAACUUCUCAAACUAAUGCAAAAAUGCGGUGCCGUUGAAAAGUUCGACAUGUUAUUUCACAAGGGUGGCCCAAUGGUAGGACAGUCGCGAGGGUAUGCCUUUAUCACAUUUAAAAAAAAUGAAGGUGCCACAAAUGCACUUAUAAAACUAGACGGAUCAAAUAUUGGCAGUCGUUCUAUAGCUGUUCGUCUUGCUAAGAACAUAAAAUAUGAUGAUCUGCAGCGGCCCAAGCCUCGACUUGAAAUACCCGCGCUGGGCCGAGGUAAGCGCGAGGAUAAAAUUAGCAAGUCGGACGCAAUUCGUGCCAUAGAAGCCAAACUUAGGACUCUAGAGCGACAGACAGAUAACAAUUUGGAACUCGACACCGCACGAGAGGAAAAUAUUCCCUUUAUCUAUCGUUACCAAUUCAACAAAAGUCGUGAUGACACACAACGUACUAGACCACACGGCAAAUAUAAUAAACCUAAGCCAUCGGCAUCAUAUUUGCGUCAACUUCCCAGCCGACGCUAACAUGGAACUAAAUCACAUACCCUACUACUUACACAACUCACUUAAAUUGAAUAUAUUAUUUUCUCGCUGUUAAGAUAUAACGAAA